CCUCAGCAACCGCGGCUAUAACUAGGAAAGGCGGAGGCGCCGGAGUUGGAAGUUCGGAGAGACUCCCAGCUGCUUCCAUCAGAGCCCUGGGACCCUCCCGACUCAGACUGAGCGUGCAUCCUCGGCGCCCAGCCGCUGCAAGGCGAUUGGCCUUGCGCUCCGGUCAGGUCAGCAGCUCUGCCAUCUCCUGGAACCCGCGCCCGGAGCCUGGCCUGGCCUCUUGACUGGUCUCUGGAGCCCAGUGUGGCCUCGCCUACGGCAACUACCACCUGCCUAGAAACUCAGUGGCUAAGCCCUCCCGAGUCUGUUCGGUGCUCGCCACCGUCAUCUGCUGGUUGGAUUCCGGAAACCCACUGUCUAAAGACCACGGAAAAGAAUCGCUGACUGCGCAGAAUCAGAUACGUCUGGACUGAAAACUCCCUUCUCUCUAGCUGUCCUGUGCUCUGUUCAUUUGCUCUCUUAUCUUUGCGGGGAUUUCUGUACCCUGAACGCCCCUAUUACUACCCAGGAAGCUGGGGGUGAAGCUACGAACCGGUUACCUGUACCUGUACCUGGCCUCCCACCCAUCGAAUCUGAAUUGUGAUCACUCCAUUCAAGACACACCGCCAGGAUAUUCUGCCUUUCCUUCUUCCCUGUCUUCUGUACCUCCCAAAAUUUCCCCCCCUCCUGUCCCCUCUUCGCCCCCUUCCUUUGGGGGCCCCGUGACCCUGAAUGUGGGGGGCACGUUAUACUCCACCACUCUGGAGACCCUGACCCGCUUCCCAGACUCCAUGCUAGGGGCAAUGUUUAGAGCUGACACCCCUGUGCCUCCCAAUGUGAACCCCCAAGCAGGCGGCCAAUACUUCAUUGACAGGGAUGGCAAGGCCUUCCGGCACAUCCUCAAUUUCCUGCGGCUCGGCCGACUGGACCUGCCCCGUGGGUAUGGAGAGACAGCCCUUCUGAGGGCUGAGGCUGACUUCUACCAGAUCCAGCCCCUCCUGGAUGCCCUUCGGGAGCUAGAGGCCUCGCAAGGAUCGCCUGCACCCACGGCCGCCCUGCUCCACGCAGAUGUAGACGUCAGCCCCCGCCUGGUGCACUUCUCCGCUCGCCAGGGCCCACACCACUACGAACUGAGCUCCGUCCAGGUGGACACCUUCCGCGCCAACCUCUUCUGCACUGACGCUGAGUGUCUGAGCGCCCUGAGGACCCGAUUUGGUGUGGCCAAUGGAGACAGGGCGGAAGGAGGCCCACAUUUUCAUCUAGAGUGGGCCCCCCGUCCGGCAGAACUCCCAGAAGGAGAGUACGGGAGACUGGGGCUGCAACCCUUGUGGGCUGGGGGACCAGGAGAUCGUCGUCGGGAAGUGGUAGGCACGCCAGGCUUCCUGGAGGAGGUGCUGCGGGUGGCUUUGGAGCAUGGCUUCCGCCUGGACUCUGUCUUCCCGGACCCUGAAGACCUACUCAACUCCAGAUCUUUGCGUUUUGUUCGCCACUGAGGGUGUUGCCCUCCCGUUUUGAUUGUGGGGAGGACAGGGCAUGGGAGAAAGAAGGAAGCCCCUUUCUAGCUCGGGUGUGGGAGCUGUGAAAGUCAGGCGUCCCACUGCACCUGACAGGAGCACAAAUGUGGGUGGGGAUUCCCGAACCCGAGCCUAUGAAAGCGCGCAGUGAUGGUUCAGGGACCUGGAUUGGUGCUUAUCUUGGGGGAUGAAGGCACCAAAGGUUCUCUGGCUUGUUUGUGGCCAAAGCUGGGACCUCUGGUAACCUCCUUGGUUGAAGAUCAGUAUUCAGGGGAUCUAGAAAAGUGAGGCACACUUCUGCCCAAACUAGGCUCAGCAGAACCUGGGAGGGAAACUGAGGUCUGAGGGAGAGGGAAAACUGCAUUCUUCUAUUUGGUCUCCUUGACUGUGGCUUCCUUUCCAGGGCUGGGCGGGCUGGCCAAAGAGAGACCAAAACACUCUGGAACAUAAGAAGGUGGAGUUCUUUGCUGUGUACCGAGCUACUUAUAGACAGGCCUCACCCCACCCAGGUUGAUAUCAGGAGUUAGGAGAAUCCCCAUUGAGCAAGGGGGCUGGAACACUUCUCUGAAAUUCCAAGAGGAGCCAAAGGAUCCUCUCUCGUUCGUUGAGCUGGCCAUAGGAAGGAAGCCUGUGUCUUUUUGUGUCCUGGUCUUAUUUCCUUUAUGUAUAUGUUAUUGUAUCAGCCAAUGUGUGUGACUGAUGCGUGGGUCCCUGGCAUCCUGGAUCACAUCUGUGUUGCUGACUCCUAUGUCUACGUGAUGGUCCUUCUGUGGUUUCUGCAUGUCCAGGCCUGUGUGGGGUUGCCCAGAAACUGUUUGGGCACAGGCAUAUCUGUGGUAUGUCUGUGAAUAGAUGGAGAUUUAGUUUAAUCACAGGGUGUGUGUGUGUGUGUGUAUUUGUGUAUGUGUGCAUUUAUGUGCCCACAUGACCACGUAGGCAGGAGAGGCCUGUCUGGGUUUGAGUCACUAGGAUCUUCCUGGGAGAGGUAAUGGAAGUCACUGGGCUUAGCUGGGCCUCCGAGACCUGUAGGGAACUCUUGGUUGCCGAGGCAACCAUUGGCCUGUUGCUAGGAGAUAGUCAGGGAAGGCCCAAGGCUGCCCUAGGCAGAGACUAGAGAUGAAGAGUUUAGGAGAGUGGGGGAGGAUAUGGGAAGUGAUGGGAUUUCUGGGACCCUGAUUGGCUGGGAUAAACAUGUAUGACUUCUACACUAGGGGGAAUUGCUCAUUAUUUAUCACUGAUGACUUACAAGAAGAAAAAUAA